AUGCUGUUUGCGUUGCUGCACGUUGUGCGGACGUUAUGGGGACUGUGGCAGUUGCAGCUAUUUGUCAAGUGGGCUGUCAAGAGCAUUAAGUCGUUGCGGGCCCUUGGGAUUGAAUAUGAGCUCAACACGGGCGCCCGUACUGGCUAUGAUGGGAAGAAGCAAACCCAGAAUGGCGAAGAAAGAGAACAGGAAACCACGAAUAUCGGUACUACGCAGGAGCCCGGAAAUACCGACGACAAGGAAAAAGUGCACUCUGUGGCUGAAAUUGUAGAUGAACUAUGGGUGAGCGAUGAACUGAUUGAGAACCGUGUGUCCCAUGGGAAUGCUCGGUGCUACAUAGUGUUUGACAAGAUUGAGUUUAGAAUAGAUCCAAAGAGAAGAAACGUGUUUCGUCAACGAAUCGUGCUUCUGUUACAGGCGCUCUCGAUACCAUUUCGGUAUGUGUAUGGAAUAGUGCAGAAAUGGCUUGGGAAUGGGUCUAUACCCUGCUUUGUCCAGGUACCGCACGAGCCAGAGGAUGUGUGGCUGCGAUGGUGCGUGGCGUUUGCGGCGCAGGGGUUGAACAAGUGGAUAACGGAGUUCACCGUUGCGCCGGAAGUCGAUGAUGAGGAUGGGGCGAUAAAUAACUUGGAGCGGUACGAAAGACGACGAGAACACCUGGCUGGGCGCGUGCUGGCGACGGCCGGAAUACAAUUGUGGCUGGGGAGUUGUUUGCCGCUGGGUGAAGGCAAGUCGCUUUUGUCAAAAGAGGACUUGUUGCGACGAGCGAUGACGAGUGGACGUGGAAUGCCGUUCGAUGCAGUGCAGAGGAAUGCGGUCUUGCGGCCUGGAAAGGGGUACAAGGCCUAUGAGAGAAAACUAAAUCGACUCAUUAAUGGAAUUCCGGUGGAGUUUGAAGAACAAGUGGAAGAGUUGGACAUCGAGAGAGUGGAGUGGCUUGCGAUUUUGCUGUACAUAGGAGAAGAACGGAUUGGCAACGGAAGUGCGAGCAGAGAUUCUCGUAGAUCUGAAGAGUAUGAGAAACUGGAGCAUGACGAUUUAGCGAUUGAAAAUAUGCGAGCACAGCUGGGCAUGGGCAACAGAACUUCAGGAGUGGAUGCAGCGGAAAGAAGGAAUGCUAGCAUAUGCGGGUUUACGAUGCCAGAACGAUACUUUCAUGAAGUAUCCAAAGAGAAUAGACUGGUGACCAAGGUCGGGGACCUUGUCGACUGCUGGUUAGCGCUUAUAGCGGGAGUGCAAAUGCAAUUCCUGGUGAGUAAAGACGAAGAAUGGCUAGGACGUUGUCUGGGUCAAGUCGAACAUGACCAAGAGACUGUGGUGAGCGUAGAAGGCGUGGAGAUGGGAGGGAUGGAAAAGAGGGGGAGCAGCCUCUUCAUGAGACAUGUUCGAAUUGAAGAAGCGAUGCAAGCAUUCCAGUUUGGAGUCGUGGGUCAAGAGUUUGAGCAGUUGGAGCAGACAUUGACGUUUAUGGGAUAUUCGCUGGAGAGCGUGCGUACGAGACUGGGAAGGUGGGUGAAAGCGAACACGGACUCGCAGAGUGGGGCGUGGAGGCCUUUGAUGUUUCAAGCGGGGGAGUUGAUAUCGGGGUGGACGGAGGUUGGGCGUGUAUCGAAUGAUGUGUCACGUACCCUGCGGCAGAGAGAAGGGAAUGCAGUACUGAGGGAUCGGGCGGUGCAGUGUCGUGUAGUGUGGGAGUUGCAAUGUGUUUUGAGGGAAAGGGUAUCGGGAAUGGAAGGGAGCCCGAGCAGUAUGGUAGCGGUGGCGCUUUGCAUGGUCAGUUUUCCGUCGCUGGUUGUGAUGAAUACAGAAGAAGCGAGCGAGGAAAUCAGUGACACGGAUGUGCGGUCAAGCGAGGCAGGGGGGGUGGCAAUCUCGGAAAAUCGAGAUAGUGUGUCAGUAUCAUUCGGGAAUGAGCAAAGAGGUAGGGAUGCGGAAGAAGAGAGGAAGAAACGGAGCGAAGAAAUGUUUGUGAUAGUGCCGAUUUGUGGGCCUCAGAGAAUGAGGCUUCAGGUACAAGUGGGCGACGAUGACGAUUGGAGCAAUAGAAGUGGAGCGGGCGAUAGAGGAUGCAAAGUGAGAGUACGGUUGUGCCGGGGGGCGGCAUCGCGAGAUGAGCGGUUUGAGUGGGGAUGGUGGCGGGAGGCGGCGUUGGGACGUAUGGAGGGAUUGAGGCGAUGGCAGAAGAAUCAUGGUAUGUGUUCGCCAGACUUGCAUGCCGGGCACCGGAAUAUGACGUCAGGCAUCGUGUGUGUAAAGCCAAGAGCACACAAAACGGGGACAGAGGUUGAGAUGUGGUCGGGAUGGGAACCGUUUCGAAGCCAGCAAUGCAGAUUUGAGCUAGAAGGGGACAAAGUUCUUGCGAAAUUUGAAGUGAGCAUGCGACACGGUGAUCUCGUUGUUACAAAGAAAAACAUUGCGACAUCCCACACCCAAGCCGUCGGGGAGAGAAGGUUCACGAUGUACGAAGACAAUGACCGCGAGGCCUUACAAGACGGAUGUUUGAUAGUAGGAGAAGCACUGGUUGAUAAGUCGCCAGGUUGCUUGAGCUCAGUCAGGGCUGGAGUAUAUGAAGAUGAAGAGUUUGCGAAGAACCUGCCAGCAAAAGGCGAAAAUGUUAUUGGGGAAGAGUUGGGCCAGGUCCGAAGAGACAUUUUUCUGUUGAAGGUUGCUGCACUGGAGCAUGGUGAUAUGAACGCGUUGCAGAGAUGCGUGAAGCUCCUCACCGACUCGAGUGAGGAGAUCACAGAACACAUGAUAUUGACGAACAGGCGACGAGCUGGAGAAUUGGUGCUAGCUUUUUUCCACAGUGUUUUUGUGAGCAGAAAGGGGAGUGGCGGGGUCAAGGGGGGUGGAAGAGAGUUUGAAGCGUUGUUUUCAUUAUUACAAGAGCUUGUGGAGAAAUCGGCUUUUGACAACUAUGUCGUGGAUGUGGUUCUGGAUUUUCUGAAAUGCGCAGUAGAUCUGCGUAUACCUGAGGAUGUACGAAGCUGCCUCAUAUGGAUGCGAAGGUUGAUAGCAAGAUCACUGAGAUUGGAUAAGUUGGAUUGUCUUUGUCGCAGUUUUGAAGAAAUACUUGGAGCGGAACGAGGGCAAAGAGUGGCUAUCCAUCGGAAGCAGUUGUUCUUCACGGACAGUGAGGUGACCGAGUACGACGUGCGUACUGUUAACAUUUUGGAAAAGGCUCUUCUGGAACGCCAGAUUGAGGAGCAUGAUGAUGUCCCGGCGAUGAACAAGCUAGGACUGAUGGUGCAUAACGGCGCAGAAGGAGUAGAAGCCGAUGUGGUACGCGCAAUGGAGCUUUAUGAGCUUGCAAUAUCGAAAGGCGAUGAUGGCUCUGCGAUGAACAACCUAGGUUGUUUGUUAGAGAAGGGAGGGGAGGGGGUCGGGAAGGAUGCGGUACGAGCCAAGGAGUUGUUGGAGCGUGCAAUCAAUGAGCAUGAUCAUGUCGAGGCGAUGAACAAUCUAGGACUGGUGGUGGAGGAGGGCGCAGAAGGAGUAGAAGCCGAUGUGGUACGCGCAAUGGAGCUUUAUGAGCUUGCAAUAUCGAAAGGGGAUGACGGCUCUGCAAUGUGCAACCUUGGUUGUUUGUUGGAGACCGGAGGGGAGGGGGUCGAGAAGGAUGCGGUACGAGCCAAGGAGUUGCUCGAGCGUGCAAUCAAUGAGCACGAUUUUGUCCCGGCGAUGAACAGUCUAGGAGUGAUGGUGGAGGAGGGCGCAGAAAGAGUAGAAGCCGAUGCCGUACGCGCAAUGGAGCUUUAUGAGCUUGCAAUAUCGAAAGGCAGGAACGGCAUCGCGAUGUACAAUCUCGGUAUCUUGCUGAGAGGCGGGGCGGAGGGUUUGGAUUGCAAUUUGGUGCGCGCGGCUGAGCUGUUUGAGAUGGCCAUUGAAGAGGGCAACAACACAGACGCAAUGGUGGAACUCGGAAAUCUGCUACGCGAUGGAGCGGAAGGAGUCCAGCGGGAUACAGAUCGUGCAUGCAGAUUGUACGAGAGGGCCAUCAAAGAGGACAACCAUUCCGAGGCUGUAGAGAAUCUUGCUGCGCUGCGCGAUGUCACAGAAGACGGAGAUUGAACGAUUUCAGAAGUCAGCAAGAGCACUCUCCCGAACGGAGAUGGCGGGUGCCGUCGGGGAGAGCAGAAGGGAAAACCCGAGGCUCAAGGCGAGUAGAGUUCCCUUCGUUAAGACCCCUGUAGAAGAUGGGAUAAAGACGUGGUUCCUACCGUCCGGCAGCGACGGAUAGAUCGCCUAUGCCGAGUUCAACCCCUUUAUCGGGACAAUGAACUCGGAGGCAGCGGCCGGCGCUAGUGUCUAGACGACCGUCAAUUUGACCUCAUAUGAGGCUAGCUUUUUUUUCAAAAAAAUAUAAAUUAAAUCGAAACUUUAAAAAGUCA